CGCCUUCGGAACAUUUCCUUAUUCUCACACGCAGCCCCGCAGAGAACCACACCUCGUGCAGAGACAGAAUCUCCUAAGGAAAACGUUUUUUUUUCCUUGCCAGUCUAGCUGAGGAACUUAGCGGCGAAACGAAGGGGAGAGAGAGAGAGAGAAGGAGGGGUGAAAAUAACCCAGAAAAGGAGAUAAGCCCUUGAGAAGAACAGGUGUAGUUCAUCUUACCUCCAAGCAGGGACAUUUCCAUCACCCAAAGAAGCUCUUCGCAAGGCCUUCUCUUUGGAGCGACAGAGCCCUCGCCCCGCUGCAGAAUGAUCCAGGCUGACUUUUGAGUUUUUGACCUUGCGGUAAGAUCAACGUUGCAAGGAGCCCUCUCAGGACGGAGAGGAAGAAGGGCGGUUUGUCUGUGUCCGAGACGAGGUCCUCCCAUCCGACAGAAACCUGGAAGCCUCUGCAAACAUGAGCGACUUCUGGCACAAGCUAGGUUGCUGCGUUGUAGAAAAACCGCAGCCGAAGAGGAAGAGGCGACGAAUCGACCGUAGCAUGAUUGGCGAGCCCAUGAAUUUCGUCCACCUGACACACAUCGGGUCCGGAGACAUGGCCAACGAAGGCCUCCCCAUGACAGGAGCGGUCCAGGAAAUGCGAUCCAAAUGCGGCCGAGAACGACAGUGGAGCAAUUCUCGAGUUUUGUAGCUCUGUGGGGCAUAACCCCUCCUCCCUCCAAUUUCUUCAGUGUUUCAGGGCUAACCAAUAAAAACCAAAAAGCAACAAGAAGAAGAAAAGAAAAACAACAAAAAGAAAGAAAUAUGUAUAAAAGCAGCCUUCGCUUGAAUCAUACGACCUCUUUCAUCUCGUGGAAACGGGCGGCGAUGUCCUGCACAGUCCUCACCCAGUAACUUUUGCACGUUGAUCCCGAACGUUCCAAUUUUGAUUUAUUUGUGGGGGAUUUGUUUUAUGUUUUCGUUAAGAGCAGCAGCAGCAGCAAAAUACCCGCGGCGCCUGACCCUAACUAGCCCUCACCACCCGCGUAGAACUGGUUGAUUGAAUCGGAAGUUCUCUUUCACGCCGCUUUUCUCCCAACCCGUCUCAGCGAAUGGCCGUCACGCCUGUCUCCGUUUUUAUUUGUGACUUUUCAAAAGACGGGGCUGUAAGAUUCUACAGUGUUUUAUGCCCUACGCUUCAGCGACUAAGAGAAACAACCUACCGGCCAUGAGUUUCGUUUCUAUUUUCAACGGCAUUGUCUUUUUUUCUCUCUCUCUCAUCUGGAAGAGCCAUCACAAAGACUGAGUUGUGGGAGGCGUUUCUCCCCACGUUAGCUUAUCCACUGGAUUUUUUAUUUUUUUAAAUUCUCAAGAGUUUAUCCAAAGCUCAGGGCUGUAUCAUGAGGCAAGAUUUUGGGGGUGCCUUUAAGAACAGGAGAGAGACAGAUGCAGCCACGGGGUGCAAUCCUGUGGGACGUUGCUCUCUGUAAACCACAUUCAGGAGAUGUACAAGGGCGUAGUUGGUGACGGCCUUGGCACUGGCCAGCUGUCACCCUCACUGUUUUGCUGAGGCUUGCACAGGGAAACACCCCUGUGGGUUGUUCCCCCCACUAAAUCAGGAGGAAGGGUGGGGUGGUUUCAAAUUUUCUGCCCCGCACCAAAUGUUUCAGGCUGGCUUCGCCUCCUCUUCAUUCCAAAGCUUAUAGCCUCAGAACCCUUGAAACGUUGACGCUGCAGAUUCUCGGAUGCGGCAGCCUCUGUACAUGGGACUUCGUCCGUGAAAGGCAGGAUGGGAGGGACUUCAGAGAGGCUCAGAUGCAGCAGAACAACUUGGUCUCCUCAGCUGGGAGAGCUAAAGAAAAGAGGACUUCCAUUCUCCCCCCCCCCCCCGCCCCAGCUCACAGACAACAAUGUCAUCACCUUUUACUAUGCAAACGUUAAAGUAGCGGCUAUCAAGAGAACUGAGCACUGCCGGGAAACAAACCCAGUGUUCCUGUUAACAGGUGCUGAGUUGUGUGAAGCAUUUAAUUCUAAGUAGGGAGGAGAAACUGUUUGCAGAUAUUUCGUCCCCUGGAUCCUGCUAAAAGGUGAAUUAUAUCCACCGGCGUUUGAUCUCUGGAUAUAUCCUUAUUUCCUCUGGUCUGACGCAGGAAGGCUCUUGCGUGGGUUUUUAAUGAAGCUGGGGGUCGCUUGGGGAUCCCCUCCCAGAACUGUGGUCCCAAAUAACUCCCAUCGCUUAUUACUUUGGCACUGUUAAGGCCUAAUAAGACACCCAAAUUUUCUGUCUGUUUUCUCCUCCUCUUGGAUCGUUGCUUUUAUGCACACAUACUUUUCAAAGAGGAGAAAGUCCAGUCCUGGAGGAAUAUAUGGGAUUUCAAUUCCCAAACUGGUCUCUUUUUUUGAAGAUCUGGAAGAUUUUUCAGCCCUGACAGGUGGGGUCUCUCUCUCUCUCUCUCUCUCUCUCUCUCUCUCUCUCUCUCUCUCUUUCUGUGGCAUAAUUUGCAGAGAACAUGAUGCCAACAUGGCUGAACACUGGAAUCAACUAAGUUUCCACUGCAAAAAAGGAGCCCAUUUUUUCCCCUGUUAGUAUUGUUAUUCUAAUUUUGUUUCUAGAAGCGCCACUGGGAAAUGGCAGAUUUAUAUGCGUGUUGGUUUCGCAGCGGGAAACGAAACAGAACAACAACGAAAAUUAGCCUUUUCAGAUCAGGAGGGACUAGAGCUCAGUACUGUUCACCGCAGGACAAUUUUGAAAUAGACGAAAUCCUUCUGGGCCGGCUCUAUCUCUUUUCUGCGCUAUUGAUGCCGAGGAAGAAAAAUUAUCUUUUCAACCGGGGUACCUUUCUAGGGACUGCCGUUUUUGAUUCUUCGUUUGAAAGCAGAGACGGCGCAUUGGAAAAUGAGAAAUUUACACGAAACUGUCUUUUCUCAAGCCAGCUGCCUUCUUUCGUGCCGUGCAGUUUUCCAAUUCUAUAACGGAGAGGAGGCGCAAGCCAAAUUAAAUGUGACAUUAUUCACGGCUUUUGUCCUCGCCUGGCUGUUCCGCUACCCAGCCAGCUUGAGGAACCAAGCACUGGUUUAAUUUAGGCAGCUCCCUUGCAUUUUCUCCCGUCCCAUCCUGGAUUUCUUUCCCCUGCCUUUUAACACCUGCACGACAGGCAGGACUACAACAGGUGAAGCCCGUUGCGUUUGCUCCGCUUUAUUCACAAAGGUUAAAACUUCCCUCCUAAGGUUUAGUUACUAUCAGUAAGAGCUUUAAGCUAAAGUAGGCUGGAUUUCGGCCUGCAAGCUGAAAAAGUUUUAACAUUCCUGAUCUACGAGAUGUCCGUUUCAGGGGAGAGGUCCCCC